UUGUUUAUAUAUUACACUUUUGUUUAAAAUGCAGAUUCAAAAAUAUACCAAACAAUGAUUAAAUUAAGAAGGUAUGGAUUCAAUUCAAGUAAGUAUAAACAGCUUUAACGAGUCGAGGUGCAGAACAUGCACUGAAAAAACAAGUCUCAGUUUUCUACAUUCUUUAAUUACUGAAGUUGAUAAUGUGCCUUCUCUGUCGGAUAUGUUGUCAGAAGUAGCCAAAAUUGAUGUAAAAACUGAAAACGGUGAUGGGUUCCCCAAGCAUGUUUGUGACAAUUGCGUGUACAAACUGAAAAUAGCUUACAACUUUGUUCUGCAGGCCCAGCAAUCCAAAAAAUAUUUUGAAAAGCAAAAUUUGGACUGCUUACAGGAAACACCUAUUACUCUGGCAGAAAAUAUUACUUGCGAACCUGAACCUUAUGAUGAGUUUCUUAAUACAGAUACGCAUCGGAAAAACAGAAAUAUAAAAGUAGAAAGUAUAAAAAUUAACCAGAGUUCAGAGUGUUUUAGAAAUCUCUUUGAAAGUGUGGUUGCUGUAAAAGAUGAAAUGAUAUCUGAUGAGGAAAACAAAACUAAAGAUGUAUGCUUAACUGAUCCGAUAAUGUUAGUAAAAUCUAUGGACCCUCCAGCGCCAGGUCUAAAAAUGAAAGACGAUGUAAUUAAUAGCAGCAAAACUUUACAAAAGGUUGUUUCUCUACGAAAACGCAAGCGAAAAGUCGAAUUCUCUUCUAAUUGUAGUGAAAGUAAGGAGGUAGUUGAGUCAAAUAAUUCAGAAAAUGAUACAUUUAACACAGAGAAAGACCUACCUAUAAUAAGGAAUAUUCGCAAACGUCGUUGCAUUGCAAAAAAAACGAAGGAAUCAAAUCAACCUCGUUUUCCUUGUAGAAUUUGUGGUGAAACUUUUGCUUGGAAGAAGAGUGUGCUACGUCAUGAGCGAAAUCAUUCUGCUCAACCUGAGUUUUGUUGUGAGGUUUGCGGACGUAAAUUUUUCCGUAAAGAUAAUUUAAAGGAACAUUUAAAAAAACAUUUGAAUCCUCACCAAGCUAAGAGAUUAAAACAUCCAGAAUGGAACUUCGCUAGUAGUUUAUACUCGAAAAAUCCUUUUCGAUUGAUACAAUGUAAGAUUUGUGAUUAUCAAUUUUUUAGUACACAAUUGCUUCAUCAGCAUUUGUUAACACACGCCAAUAUUGAAUCGCUUCGGUUUUUAACUGUUGAAAGCGCUAUUGUUAAAGAAUUUUUUACACAAACUCGGAGUUUAUGCGAAGUCAAAUCAAUUGUAUGCAAAGAUAUUAUAAGACGCCAUUUAUAUAAAUAUUAUUUAGUACUUAAUGAGUUUGGAUACGAAAUGUCUCUUAGUGAUUCCGAUAUAGACACAAAUGACAACAAGGAAACUCCGAAAUAUUCAUGUGAGAUUUGUAAAGAGUUAUUUGUCCGUAAGCACCAAGUUUUCACUCAUAUAAAGGACGUGCAUGCUAAUGAUGAAUUACCUUAUCGGUGCGAUAUUUGCAAAGUAAAGUUUGUUUGCGAAAAAAUGUUUAACUUACAUACAAGAAGUCAGUGUCGUUGUAAAGAAAAGAAGUACAAAUGUGUUAAAUGUCCUGGAAAAUUUAUAUGGCUUGAAAAUCUUAAAGAACACAAUUGUGCAAGAAAGAAAGGUGAGGAAUUUAUAUGUAGCAUAUGUGAUGAAAUAUUUUCCAAAUCGAACGAAUUAACUUCUCACAUGGUUAAACAUGAAUUGAAUAAAAAAUCGUUUACCUGUAAUAUAUGCAGUGAACAAUUUUUGACAACGACUGAUUUAAACCAACAUAACAAUCAAUGCCAUGUAGUAUCUGUGCGGAAAAUUCGAUGUUGCUUAUGUGAAAAGAACUUCACUCGAUUAUCACAACUGCGUUCCCAUCUACAGCAGCAUGCGGAUGGAUCUACAGGUGUUAAAAUUGCCGAAAGUCAUUUUUUCAAAGUCUUUUACCCAGAUGGUUGCGCAGGAUGUGAAUCUGAGGUAGCAAACAUUAUUGCGGCGGAUCUCGUAGCAAAGAAUUGGUCAAGAUAUUAUAUUACAUUAGAUGAAACCUAUAACGAGCUGGAUUUGUACGAUUCAGAGUCUGAUACGGAAUGCUUGGAUAACAGUUUAAAUCAACCACUACCAACCAAUAUAUAUGUAUGUACACUUUGUCAUCAAAACUUUAACAGACGUAAGCAUAUACUAGCUCAUCAAAAUAACGUACACUCAACCGAUAUAUUACCUUUUAAUUGUUCUGAAUGUAAUAUUAAAUUUGUUUGCAACUCCUUGUUGCAAAGUCACUUGGUUCGAGACUGCUUAAACCCAAACAAAAAAUAUCAGUGCAAUGAUUGUGGUUCAAGGUUUGUAUGGGAAGAAAAUUUAAAACUACAUCUAGAGAGUCGACACACUAAUUUAAAGGUGCAAAGUAAUGAUGAAAUAGCACAGAAUUUGCAAUGUGAUAUUUGUUUUAAGAUUUUUAUUUGGCCAAGAGACUUAAGACGUCACAAACGUGAUAUGCACAAAAGAGAUGAUGAAAAAUAUGAGUGCCCUUACUGUGAUCGUAAAUUUAAUAGGAAAGAUAAUAUGAAUACACAUUUAAAGGUACAUGGAAUUGGAGUAAGAACAUCAUCUCUAAAUACCAAACUCAUUAAAGUAAAAGAUAUUGACGAAAAUUUAUGCAAACCGAAUAGUCCAAAAAUUGCGCGUUGUAUGAUAUGUCAAUUCACACAUACUAAGAUUUCUGAGCUUCGUUUGCAUUUGAGUACACAUCAAUUUUGUAUUAACUUUGCUCAAAUACAGCAACCAAUUAAUGAAAUAUCUGAAUUGCUUUAUCCUGAGGAGUUCAUGAGUAAAGAAACAUUAGUAUCACGUAUAAUGACCGAUAUAGCUGGGCAUAAAUUUGAACGUUUUUAUUCAAUAACAAAUCAAGUAGGAUAUGAGCUAAAUCUCACUAGCUCCGAUACAGAUGAUAGUCCGGAAACUUUGUCUACUUACAUAGAAAAUUUUAAUAGGAAAUUUUAUAGUUGUGAUUUGUGUAAUUCAUCAUUCCAUCGCAAGUACAAACUUUUCGAACAUCAAAUGUCCAAUCACAAUUGGCAUGAUGCCCAAAAAGUUUGUGAUAAAUGCAAUGCCAGAUUUGUAUCAGAAGCAUCAUUACAACAACAUUAUAAAGACCAAUGCAAAAAUAUGCUAAAGCACUAUCAAUGUCGAAAAUGUCCUCGUAGGUUCAUGUGGAGGGAUAACCUAAAGGCACACAUUCGAUCCAUGCAUGCUAUCAUGAACGAUGCUGAAAUCGAAACACAAAUUGGUAAUACUAAAAGCACUGCGCCAGAAAAAAAAUAUCUUUGUGAGUUAUGUGGAUUCGCUUCUGCUAAGCCCUCUAAUUUAGUUAUACAUUUACGUCGACAUACUGGUGAAAAACCUUUCAGUUGUGAUUUUUGUGAUAAAGCAUUUCCAAAUACAUCUGAUCUUCAGUGCCAUCGUCGUUCGCAUACUGGAGAGAAACCCCAUGUAUGUACGGUGUGCAACAAAGCUUUUCCACGUGCCUACAAGCUGCGCGUACAUAUGCGCAUCCACUCGGGUGAACGUCCUUAUGCGUGUACAUACUGUUUGAAAAGUUUUACACAUUCCAAGAAUUUAGUGGUGCAUGAACGAAGACAUACUGGCAUAUGUCCGUUUAAAUGUGGUAUUUGUGGGGAAGGUUUUCCUCAAGGUAUAUUAUUACGUAGGCAUCGACAAAAGACUGGUCAUCACGAAGAUGUUGUACCAAAACGGAAGACUUUACUAUUAAAGAAAUUUUGAAGAAUUCAAAUAAGACAUAAUAUUAAUAA